AUGUCAAGAGAAGAUUCUCAACCUAUCACUGUCCGUUUUGAUGGAACCAAUUACAAUCACUGGUCAUUCCUCAUGAGGAGUUUUCUUAAAGGAAAGAGUAUGUGGAAGUAUGUUGAUGGUAUAGAAAAGAAAUCUACAACAAGCAGUUAUGUUGAAAAAGGGAAAGAAAAUGAAACACAGAAAAAGGAUCCAAAAGAAGAAUGGGAGAUUAACAAUCACAGGAUUCUCACUUGGAUUGGAAACACAGUCAUUCCUUCCAUAAGCAUGCAACUCACAGGUUUUGAGGUAGCCAAAGAUGCAUGGGAUUUUCUUUCGAAAAGGUACACCCAAAUCAACUUUGCUCAGAGGUAUAAACUCGAACAAGAUAUUAUAUCUAUGAAACAAUCGCAUGAUCAGUUUAUUUCUGUUUUUCAUUCUGAGAUGUCUUUAAUCUGGAAUCAAUUAGCACUCACGGAACCAAUAUGGACCGUAGAUUUGGAAUUGUGA